AUGAAAGAAAAGACAAAAAAAUUGAAAAUUAAAUAUAAACUAAGACUCUUAAUUUUUUUUUUGUUUUACUUUAUAUUUAAAAAUUAUAUAUUAGACAAUAAUAUUAGAAAAAAAGGUUCGUUCAUUAAGUUAGUAUAUUCUUUUUCAAAAAAAAAGGUUUGCACUUCUUCAUCAGAUGAUUCUACUUGCCGUACUGUUGCUUUUGGGAAAUUAGAUGUUUCUAAUAAUUCAGUACUAAGAUUGAAGAUAUUGAGACCUGAUGGAAAAGGUUAUUUUUUAACUAUUCGAAGAGAUUAUGUUGUAAUUUCAUAUUAUUUAAAAUAUAUAAAGGAUAUUCCUCUUAAAUAUAGAGAAGUAGUAGACUUAUUUACUAAUCAUAAAUAUGAAAAGUAUUCAUCAAAGGAAAUAGAAGAGUUCACUUAUAAAUGUAAUGUUAGGAGAAUUGAAGAUAUAAAAAGGGGGGAUAAGGUUGGAAAUUUUCCACCUUAUUUUCUUGAGUAUAUGAGAGGAGAGUCAUGUAAAUGCCCAUCUUUUCAUCUUUUUAAAAAUGAUAAUUUUAUAAAAAGGGUAAAAUUAAAAUGCAAUUAUUUCAAUAUGUUAUUCACUGAUUCUGCAGUAGUUUAUAGCAGGCAUUGUCCUAUAAUGGAUUUAUUUUAUUUUUCUGUUUAUGAUAUUGAUUAUCCUCCUAUAUUUAAUACUUAUGUCGAUAUAACAUUACAAGAAUAUUCAUACGAUGAUGUGUCUACUGUUUUAAAUAAUAAGAACGAUUUGGUUACGAAAGAAAAAAAAUAUGAGUUAAAUGAUUCUAUGACAGAAAUUAGAGAUGAUUACUUCGAUAUUUGGCUAUUUUUAAGAAGUGAAUUUCAUGGAAAAAGAAGCUUAGUUAAUUUAUCAAAUGACUAUAUUUUAAUUCCAUCUUCACCUAAAAAUGACUCAGAUGUAAUAUCAAGUGAUGUUACAAGAUAUUGCGGUUUAAAAAAAGAUUCUCCUCUCUUAAAAGGAUGUGAUUAUAAUGGGAUAUGCGAUGUUAUUCAUCCUUGUUUAAGAAAAGCAAUGAUGCUACCAAAAUAUCUUUUUGAUUUAAGUGGAAAAACAUGCAAUAAAUUAGGAGUAUCUUUAAAUAAAUGGAGAGAUGGAGAGGGAAAUUUUUGUGGAUCUAAUGCGGGAUAUUGUUUGUCAGCUAGUCUUUUAAGAUAUUAUGAUGAGCAUACAACUUCUAUUAGUAAGAAUUCUGUAUCAAAAUAUAAGAUUAAGAAUACCUAUGCUUCAGAAGCACAAACGAAAAUUUACAAUUCAUAUAAUUUACCUGAUUACUUGAAAGAGAAAAUAAAUAAUAAGAAAGUUCCAGAAGCAAAAGAUCUUGAUAAUAAAGUUUUUUAUAAUGAAGACACAGCAGCACAUACCCAGUUUAUUGAGUACAAAUAUAAUGGAAAUCAUUCCGUAGAAAUAAAUUUUGAAACAAAUGCUCUUGAAGUUUAUGAAAUACGACCAAUAUCAACUGCAACUAUUACCCACAUUACUACACCAAAAAAUUGCUCUUCUAAUUAUUCUGAUUCUAAAGAUUGUGUAUUAAUUGUUCAUGUAUGGAAUAACAAUAAAAAAAUGGGUGCUAACUUUUCAUGCCAUGUUGUGUGUACAGAAAAGGGAAGUGAAAAAUUAGCUAGUCAUAUUAGCCCUAUCGAUAAAGUGAAUGCAUUUAUUGAAGCAGAUAAAAAUUAUGCUUUUUAUUUUAUUAUUAAAUUUUUAAUAAAUAAAAAAAUAGAAACUAUUUGCAAAGCAAUUAUAAAAGAUGCAAAUGGAAAGGAAUGCUCUAAAGAAGAAUUUAAAUUAGAAUCAAAAGAAACAGUACAUGUUAUUGAAUCGAAUAUAGAAGAAACAAAAACAGAAACAACCUUUACUAAAUAUGAAAGUGAUAGCACUGAUGCAUUUGCUUCUGCUAAGGAUACAUGUCAAUGCUCAUUUGAUUUAUUAUGUUAUUUUUUUAAUUUUAAAAAGUGCUCUUCUUAUUAUUCAAAUUUAUUAAAAGAAUUCAUUGGUAAAUUUGCAACAUUAUCUAUCUUGAUUAUCCUUACACCAUCCCUGAUACCUCUUUUUCCAUUUUUUAUUAAAUUUUUUUUUAAAUGCUUAUUUCUUCCAAUAAAAAUAUGUUUCUCUUGUACUACAACAAAAAAGAAAAAAAGACAAAAAUAUAGAAAUAUUCACAAAUACGACAAUAAAUAUGAAAAAUAUAGGAAAAAAAGAAAAGAUUUUUCAUCUUCAAAUGAUACAAGAAGUUCUAGUACUGAAAGUAUAAAAAAAAAUGAGUUAAAAAGAGGAAGAACAAUGAAACAUAAAAGAUACAAAAACAAAAAAAAAAAGGAAAGAAAAAUAAGAGAUUUUAGUCAUUAUAGCGGUACAUCAUUAGAAAGUACCAUUACAUAUUCAACCCCUUCCAUUGCGUCUAUUAGUUUAAGUGAAUCAAAUAUCUCCUCUAAUUCAUAUACUCAUAAUUCUUCCAGAAAGAAAAAAAAUACUAGAAAAUAUAAAAGCAGAGAUAAGUAUAAAAAGAAAAAUAAGUAUAAGGGAACGUCAGACUACUCAUCUUAG